CCCUUUGCAGUGAGAUAUAAUGCCGCCCACAAACACAUCUAACAAACCAACAAAGAGGUCAGGAGUGGAGCAGAUUGUUCUUUUUUUUUCUGAUAGUAAGUCGUCUUCCUUAUCGACGAUGUCGUCACAUUAAUUAGCAAGUCACUCUCUAGGUCCCUCAACGUCUCAGGACUCUUGUAGCGGACUUGUAUUUACUACCAUUGUGGAUGUGUGAAGGUGCCUGCCACACAGACGACUGUCACAAACUCACGAUUGCCUGUUGCUCAAAUGCUCGCGUGUCUCUCAGUGUGUCUGUGACCGUUGCCAUAGCGAUGACACACAUGCCGAACUUUUCUUUGAGGGGCGAGACUCCAGUCUCCAGGCCAGACACGCACUCAGCGGGUUUUCCCGGACAUGCGCACUCUGAUCACCUAGCCUUGACGCUAGUCCACAUUCUCCUGGCCUUGUGGGCUUGGCUGGCUAACUCCACGCAGAUCAUCAACCUGCUCUUGGACCGGAAAUUGCGGGACCAGCCUCGUACUGUCCUGAUGGUCAGUAUUGGUGUGGCGGAGUUGGUGGUUGCCGGUGUCCUGUGUCCACUUUACACGGACAGUCUCCUGCGAGGUCCAUGGCGCCAUGGUCCGGUGACGUGUUCUGUGUACGAAGCCAUCUUCUACCUGCAGGUGUGUGUCUCGUCUCUCGCCGUUCUUGUCUUCAACGUGGAGCGCCUGUACUUCCUGCUCGCACCAAGCAUGCUGACAGGUCGGGGCAAAGGUCGCGUGACCGUCCUCCUGACCUCGCUCCCGUGGGCUGUCGGGAUACUGCUGGUGCUGCCCCUGUACCUGCACGGCGCGCACGCCACGACAGUCAGCGGAGGACCUCACAGCACGUGCGUCGUGCACUGGCAACCGCACCUGCAUGUCCUCACCAUCUUCGUCAGCUUCUUCGCUCCAGGGUUCCUCGUCCUUGUCACCCUCGUCGUCGUCUUGCUUCUCUACGUCACGUCCGUCAUGCGCACGCACAGCCUGCUGGCUCCGGAAACACUGCAGGAGCGACUACAGCGGCGCCAAGACUGGAUCUCUGGCAGACGGCGACGACAACGCCAUGCCUCAGACGCCAGCCACCUCGAGUCCGACAUGAAGAACCGCCAGGAGUGCGUCCUCUCUGUCCUCCUCGUCAGCCUCGUCUCAGUAGGUCUUCAGUUUCCUUUCUUCACCAUGCUUCUCCUGAAGCUCUUCUGCACCGACCACGCUGCUCCCCCUUAUCGCAAAGUGGACCCGCCCCGGACCCCUCUCUGUCUGACUCCAUGGGUUCUACCACCUUGUCGUCCGAGGGGAGGUGUCAGUUCUCUGACGCCGUGUGGGCCGGUGUCAUGAUGGCCGGAAUGGCCAAGCCAGGACUGAUGCCCCUCCUGUGGCUCGUCUACGCUGACGUCAGAUCCGCCUUUAACCUGUCUGCGUGCGCUUGCGCAUGUUUUUUGACUCGUGCACACAAUUUGGUUUCUCGAAGUGCAGAUAACGGACACUCUGGCUCUCGGGCUGAUUCCAGACGCACUUUCGGCUCUUCAACAUCGGAUAAUUUUCGAGUCAUGGCUUCCACCAUACAUAGAGCUCAUCAAAGCUCUCAGGCGAGAGCUCAAGGUUUCUGUAAUGUCCAUGGUAAACAUCGUCUGUUCUUU